AUGUCAAACGUAGUCGAGCUGCUCAGCGCGACCCUGUCUGCAGACGCAGCAGCGCGAGAGAACGCUACUUCGUCACUCGAAAGACUAGCAACCGAAUCUUUCGGUCCCUAUCUCGACGCGCUGUCAUCUGCCCUGUCCAGCAGUGCCACGCAAUCCUACCUGCGCAAUGCUGCCGGUCUGGCCAUCAAGAACGCGCUUUCUGCGAGAGACACCAGUCGGCAAGAGGAUCUCGCGCUCAAAUGGCUAGCAACGGAGCCGGCCACGAGGAACAAGAUCAAGACUGACACUCUGCAGACAUUGGCGAGCGAAGAUCCGGUGGCGAGAAAUGUGGCCGGUCAAGUCGUCGCGGCAGUGGCAGCCAUCGAGCUACCUAUCGGUCAAUGGAACGAUCUGAUCGAAACAAUGCUGCAAUAUGUCGGUCAUGCAGACAAUCCUGGCCUGCGUCAGGCUACAUUGCAAGCUAUCGGCUACACCUGCGAAACCAUCAAGCCUGAAGUGUUGGCGCUACAAUCAAACCAGAUCCUGACCGCGGUCGUGCAGGGCGCAAGGAAGGAGGAGCCGAGUACUGCAGUACAGCUUGCUGCAAUUCAUGCGCUCUUCAAUUCGCUCGAAUUCGUUCGCGAAAACUUCGAACGUGAGGGUGAACGAAACUACAUUAUGCAGGUCGUCUGCGAAGCUACACAAUCUACCUCUUCCGACAUUCAGAUCUCCGCCUUUGAAUGUCUCGUUCGGAUCAUGCACCUCUACUACGACAAAAUGAAAUUCUACAUGGAACGAGCCCUAUUCGGCCUUACGAUAUUGGGCAUGCGACACGAAGACGAACGCGUGGCGCUGCAAGCCGUCGAGUUCUGGUCUACAGUCUGUGACGAGGAGAUCCAAUUGGCGCUCGAAUCGCAAGAAGCUGCAGAGUACGAGGACGUACCGUUGCGAGAAUGUCAAUACUAUGCCAAGAUUGCCCUGCCAGAGAUCCUGCCAGUUUUGCUACAACUAUUGACGCAUCAAGAAGAAGACGCAACAGAAGACGAGUGGACAGUCUCUAUGGCCGCUGCGACGUGUCUCGCGCUGCUGGCCCAGAGCGUAGGCGACGGUAUCGUCACGCCCAUCAUCCCCUUUGUCGAGAACCACAUCCGAUCUAGCAAUUGGCGUCACAGGGAAGCGGCAGUUAUGGCAUUCGGCUCCAUUCUCGACGGACCCGACAUCACCUUACUCGAGCCUCUCGUCAAAGAAGCCCUGCCGAUUCUCAUCGAGAUGCUCCAAGACCCAACCGAUCACGUCAAAGACACCACCGCUUGGGCUCUGGCAAAGAUCACAGAUGCGCUCGUCAGCUCGAUCAGACCAGACGAACAUUUACCUAGACUUAUCAGUGCUCUGCUCGCCGGCCUCAACGACAGUCCAAGAAUUGUCGUCAAUUGCUGCUGGGCGUUUAUGAACCUCGGUGAACAAUUGGGCGACGAAAGUGCUCCAUCUACAACGCUCAGCCAGUAUUACGAAACUAUCGUCACCGCGCUUCUGACCUACACAGAGAAGUCCUCGAACGAGAACCAAUGCAGGACAUCAGCGUAUGAAGCCCUGUCGAUCCUGUCUGCACAUGCACCAGAAGACUGCGUGCAAGUCAUUUCCGGAUUGACGUUCACCAUCAUCGAGCGAUCGGAGCGACUGCUCAGUAUGGCCGAUCAGAUCCUGGGACAAGACGAUAGGAACAAUUACGACGAGCUUCAAAGCAAUUUCUGCGCAGUCCUCACAAGCUUGGUGAGGAGGAUAGGAACGGACCUCAAGCCCAUGGCAGACAGAAUCAUGAGUCUGAUGCUCAAUCUGAUACGAGUCAGCGGCAAGUCUUCCAGCAUUCUCGAGGAUGCAUUCCUCUGCGUAGGUGCCAUGACUUCUGUGCUCGAGCGAGAUUUCCAAUUGUAUCUGCCCGCUUUCCUACCAUUUCUGCAAACGGCACUCAAUGCGCACCAAGAGUAUCAGCUGUGUGGCGUCGGCGUGGGUCUCAUUGGCGACAUCUGUCGUGCGCUCGGCGAGACCAGUCUGCCCUAUGCACAGAGCUUCAUGGAAGCGCUCCUACAAGAUCUGCAAUCGACAGUAUUGCAUCGAAGCGUCAAACCGCCCAUUCUCAGCUGUUUCGGCGAUAUCGCAAUGGCCGUCGGUGCGGGCUUUGAGCCUUUCCUCGAGACGACCGUCAACAUCCUGUUACAAGCUGGCGCGACACGAGCAGAUCCGAGUGAUUACGAUCUGAUAGAAUACAUCAACGAGCUCAGGGAAGGCAUAUUAGAAGCUUACACUGGCAUCAUUGGCGCAAUGAAGACGAGCGGCAAAGCGGACGCAUUGGUACCUUAUGUGCCAUCGAUUCUGACGUUCAUCCAUCUAGCAGUCACCGAUCAAGAUCGAACAGACCCAGUCAUACGAUCCUCUGUUGGCCUGCUGGGCGAUCUGGCGGAAGCCUAUCCGAACGGGCAGAUCAAGAAUGCUUUGCUCAGCGAAUGGGUUUCUGAGCUGCUCAAGAAUGCUCGCACGAGAAGUGGCAGCGCUGACACGAAGCGGACUGCCAAAUGGGCCAAAGAGAUGGUCAAGAGAGCGACACAGUAG